AUGAAUUGCUUAAGCUGGAACUGCCGGGGGCUUGGGAACCACCGGCGAGUUCGCGAGCUUUCAGAAUUAGUGAAGGCGAAAGGUCCCAGGGUGAUCUUCUUGAUGGAAACCAGGAAGAAAAAGUCAUAUUUGGAGAGAUUGAGAUGUCGGUUGAAGUACGAUAAUAUGUUCAUCGUCCCAAGGAGGAAUUUAGGGGGUGGGCUGGCUUUGCUAUGGAAUAAUGAUCUUAACUUGCAUAUUAGGACGUUCUCGCCGCGACAUAUCGAUGCUGUGGUAAAUCCAGGAAUUGAUGACGCCUGGCGCUUUACGGGGUUCUACGGAGCUCCUGAAGCGGCCAACCGGGAAGAUUCUUGGUCAGUGUUGCGACACCUCGGCGCCCAGUUUGCCUUGCCUUGGGUGUGUAUCGGGGAUUUUAAUGAAAUCACAAGAGUGGACGAGAAAUCGGGAGGGGCUAUUCGUCCAGAGAAACAGAUGCAAGACUUCAGAGAUUGUUUGGAUGUUUGUGGUCUUAAGGACCUGGGUUUUUCGGGUCUGCCUUUUACUUGGUGUAAUAGAAGAUACAAUGAAGCUUUAGUUUGGGUUCGCCUAGAUAGAGCGGUGGCUACAGCAGAUUGGAUUCUCAAAUUCCCCACGGCUCGCCUUCAUCAUUUGCCAGGUUCGUCCUUGGAUCACAAACCUUUAUGGCUGGUUUCUGAUGAUCUCCAAACCCGAUUUAAUCGAGCUAAAAAACCGUUUAGGUUUGAGGCCAUGUGGCUCAAUGACGAGCGUUGCGAGGGUGUGGUUCACUCUGUUUGGGAUAGGAAUACAGGCGGAGACCCAGUGAGUAAGGUAAUGAGUAAGGUUGGGGAGUGUCAAACCCAACUUAAACUUUGGGACAAAAACGUUUUUGGGAAUGUUCGCAAGGCUUUGGCUAGAAAUAGAAAGCUCCUGGUUAUAGCAGAAGGUGAUUCCAUGGCUGGAAAGAAUCAUGCUCGGGUUAAACGCCUCUCUGAGGAAAUAUCUAGGCUAAUGGACUGCGAAGAACGAAUGUGGAGUCAGAGGUCUAAAACAGAGUGGCUAAGAUACGGAGACCAAAAUACUAAGUAUUUCCACUGUCGAGCAACUGAGAGAAAUAAAAAGAAUUUUAUCUCAGGGCUGGAAAAUGCUCAUGGGGAGUGGAUUGAGGGGGAGGAGCAGAUUGGGGAGAUGUUAACUAGUUACUACUCAAAUCUUUUUACCACAGUUAACCCAACUGAGUUGGAAUCAGUCCUCAGAGGAGUGCAACCAAGGGUGUCCGAAGCGAUGAAUUUGGAACUGCUAAAACCUUUCAGAAUGGAGGAGGUUCACAUUGCUCUCAAGCAAAUGAAACCGGAUACUGCCCCUGGUCCAGACGGUUUCCCACCUUUAUUCUAUAAGAAUUUCUGGGAGAAGGUGGGUGCAGAGGUGUCGGAAGCAGUCCUUUCAGUGCUAAACUCUGGUACCCUUCCUCCUCAUCUAAACCACACUUUCAUUUCUUUGAUUCCAAAAAUCAAAAGCCCCAGGAAAGUUACUGAAUUCCGGCCGAUCAGCUUGUGUAAUGUGUUAUAUAAAUUAAUUGCAAAAGUAUUGGCAAACCGGUUAAAACCCAUGCUGCCUACUCUGAUCUCUGAGUCUCAAAGCGCCUUUAUGUCCGAGAGGCUUAUUACAGACAAUAUUCUCAUUGCACAUGAGACUCUGCAUUACUUGAAGACUAAAAGAACGAGUAAGAUGGGUUUUAUGUCCAUGAAGCUUGACAUGUCCAAAGCUUACGACCGAGUCGAAUGGAUCUAUUUAGAAAAGAUCAUGGAGAAAAUGGGAUUUAACUGCAAAUGGAUCAACCUAAUUGCUAUGUGUAUCCGGUCUGUGACGUAUUCAAUUAUGCUUAACGGUCAACCCCACGGCUUGAUUGCUCCAACCAGGGGGCUGCGUCAAGGCGAUCCAUUAUCGCCUUACCUUUUCCUGCUAGUGACGGAGGGUUUACAUGCUCUGUUUGAAGAAGCUAAGGACAGUGGAGAAAUUAGGGGUGUCUCUCUAUGCCCGAUGGGUCCGCGGAUUUCUCAUCUACUGUUUGCAGACGAUAGUUUAGUCUUUUGUAGAGCCACAGUUGCAGAAAGUGUAAAGAUUCAAUCCAUUCUCUACAGAUACGAGCAUGCUUCUGGACAGAGCAUUAACAAAGGCAAGACAAAUCUUUUUUUCAGUUCAAAUACACACCCGGAGGUUCAAGCAGCCAUAAAAGCUUUCCUGGGUUUACCGGUAACUUCGAGAUUUGAACAAUAUUUGGGAUUGCCGUCCUUAGUGGGCAGAUCAAAGAAGAAGUCUUUUAGUCUCAUCAAAGAAAGGAUUUGGAAGAAGUUGAAGGGGUGGAAAGAGAGGCUCUUAUCGCAGGCUGGCCGCGAAAUUCUUGUCAAGGCCGUCAUCCAAGCGAUCCCUAUCUUCACUAUGUCCUGUUUUAGGUUGCCAAAAGGUCUGAUCAGAGAAAUUGAGACCCUAAUAAGAAAAUUCUGGUGGGGUUAUAGAGGGGACCAAAAGAAGAUACAUUGGAUUAGUUGGGAAAAAUUAUGUCAACCCAAGAAGGAGGGUGGGAUGGGCUUCAAAGAGUUAAUCAAGUUCAAUGAUUCUAUGCUUGCAAAACAGAUUUGGAGACUCGGGAGUAAUGAGGGGUGUCUUUUCCAUAGAGUGCUCAAGGCCAAGUUCUUUCCCAACUGUUCGGUCUUUGACUGUGAGGUUUCUACGAAGGGUUCAUACGCUUGGAAAAGCAUUGUACAGGCUAGGCACGUUAUGGAUUUGGGCUCGGUUUGGAGAAUAGGAGACGGGAAAUCAGUUAAGAUCAGGGGAGAUAGGUGGCUCCCCCAAAAUACAGCCCCAAAAAUAGUGUCCCCAAUCUCUGUCUUGCCUCCCGGGUCAAUGGUUUGCGACCUCAUUAAUCAAGACGAGCAUCAGUGGAAAUCUGAUUUGAUCGCACGAGAAUUUUUACCCCAUGAAGCCAACAUAAUAAAAGGCAUCCCCCUAAGUGACCGAAAUAUCCCAGAUAAACAGGUGUGGCAAGCCUCAUCACAUGGAGUCUAUACAACUCGGUCUGCUUACAAGUUGCUGGCUUCAGCGAAGAGGAAUAAUAUCCCAACAUGCUCUACAAACAGAAGAUCUAGUAAAAUUUGGCAGGGCAUUUGGAGUUUGCAGGUACCGUACAAGGUUCGUCACUUUAUUUGGAGGGCAGCAAAUGAAGCUCUUCCAACCUUGUACAAUCUGCAGAGAAGGAGGGUGGUUCAAACCGCUUACUGCCAAAAUUGUAAGGCUGCUUGUGAGGAUACAGUACACGCAUUAUGGGGCUGUCACAGGCUGGUGGUGGUUUGGGAGAAGGAUGCGGAGCUAUUGAAGUGUUCAAGAUUUAAGUACUCUGUUUUUGCUGAUUUACUGGAGUUGUUCUUCUCUCUAAGGGACCGAAUUGAUGUAAAUCUAUUAUGCAUAAUUAUGUGGUUAGUCUGGAACAGAAGAAACUCGGCUAGAGUCGGGGACUCAGUGGUGGAGCUCCAUCAUAUUCGGGCUAAGGCAGAGGUGUUCUUGCUGGACUUUCAAUCGGCCCAGGGGCCUGUGCAUCGGUUGCCAACUGCUUGUACUAGUGCAGUUAGGUGGAGGGCCCCCAACUCCCCACUCUUCAAAAUUAAUUUUGAUGGAGCGCUCUUUAGUGAUCUCCGGGCUGCUGGCUUAGGCGUGGUGAUUCGUGACUCGCGCGGGCUGGUGGUGGGAGCAUUGGUUGAACGCAUUCCAAUUCCAAUGUCUGCUGCUACGGUGGAAGCUCUUGCGUGUCGCUGUGCCCUUCACUUUGCAAAAGAGUUCGGUAUUAGUGAGUUCGUUUGUGAAGGUGACGCAGAAGUUAUCAUUAGAGCAUUACUGGCUAAGGAGGUGGUUCAUCCUGAAUUCAGACAUGUGUUGCAGGACGCCCUUGUUUUAGCAGAUAGUUUUCGAGCUUGUAAUUUUGCUCACAUUAAACGUGUAGGUAACUCGGUUGCCCAUUUUCUUGCUAGACAUGCCAAGUUUGGCAAUGAGCUACAGGUUUGGCGUGAGGCCAUUCCUGAGGACAUAGCUCCCCUUGUAAUGAGGGACUUUUUGUAA